AUGACUCUCCUUCGUGCCAUCUCUUACGAUAACACCCACCCCGUCCUUCCUGUGCUCCUACCGCUUCCAGCAUCAUCGGUCUCUCAGCGCCCUCUUUAUUCCAUUAUCGGCUGCGAUCGGAGCAAUCAACUAAUCGCUAUCUGCAGGGCCCGUGGUCUGGAGGGGUUGGUCUGCGACUCGCUGGCUCUACCCUUUGGCGAUGGCAGGAUGAAUGCCUGUAUCUGCAUUGCUGUCGUCCACCACAUGUCGACCCGGGUAAUCUCCACCAUAGCAUUUACAGAGAGGAGUGCAGGGCAAAUCGUUGUUGGAGCAGCUACACCGUCCCUUGCAUCCUGCUUUGCAGCCACAUUUGAUGAGUUCAAGUACUGUACUGCCCGUGGUGCAGGGAGCCCAAGACACUUGACUGGAAGACAUCCUCGAUUAUUUGAAUACCAUCUAUUCUCUUCGAUAGGAGGAAGCACUGGGUAG